GCAGUCAAGACUAGGCUGGCUGCGGGUGGGACCGAGGCGCAACUGUGCAGCUCCAGCCCACCUCGGCCCGCGGUCGCCAGCGUGCGGGGCUGCCGCGGCCUGCCUGCGACUGCGCCUGCGCCUCCUCUAGCCUGGCUUCCGCAUCUUUCCUCCGCCUCUGCUGCCUGUGUUCUUGGUCCUUGGCGUCCUCGCCGCCCAGAGGGAUACGUUUGCCCACGAAGAAGCGCUCUCGGGCUGGCCUCGCUGCCGCCGCUGUCUUUCCCUUAAGACAGUCUUUCCCUCCGGGGGCGGCACUAGUUCUUGUCUGCGGAGAAGCGGCUCCUCGCUCGUCUGAGGCGUGCUCCGCUCUGGCAACGAAAGCUUGCACCCUCCGGGAGCAGCAGCGAGUGCCUGGCGCCCAGGCUGCGAAGAGGCGGCCACGUCCCGCGAUCAAGCCCAGCGGCUCCUGCUUUCGCCGCCCGCCUUUUUUCCUCGCCUCUGCGCUCCGACGCGACACCUUGCCUGUAAGUGGAGGACCCGGCCUGCGGACCCCGACCGGAGACACAAGAUGGCGAUGGCCAUGUGACUGAGCAUCCCCGAGGCUUCGUUCCGAGAACGCGGAGGCCUGGCUUUGAGGGGCAGCGAAAAGAGGAGAGCAGGACACUGGUGUCGUUUGUUAAACGUGAUUGACUCCCUCGGGCAUAUGGGGGGAGGUGGCGGUGGGAGCGUCUGCUAUUGUCUUCAGUUUUAGAGCACAGGGAGCCACAGUCUAAUUGUAUUUGUAGAAUUGGGGCCCUUGAUAGUUGGGAAAAUGGCGAUGACACUGCUGGAAGAUUGGUGUAGGGGGAUGGAUGUGAACUCCCAGAGAGCCCUGCUGGUCUGGGGGAUCCCUGUGAACUGUGAUGAGACCGAAAUCGAAGAGACCUUUCAGGCUGCUAUGCCCCAGGUGCCCUAUCGAGUGCUUGGGAGAAUGUUCUGGAGGGAAGAGAAUGCCAAAGCAGCCUUGUUAGAGCUCACUGGUGCUGUCGAUUAUGCUGCGAUCCCCAGGGAGAUGCCAGGAAAAGGAGGGGUCUGGAAAGUAGUCUUUAAGCCCCCCACUUCCGAUGCUGAAUUUUUAGAAAGGUUGCACCUCUUCCUAGCAAGAGAGGGGUGGACCGUGCAAGAUGUUGCCCGUGUCCUUGGGUUUCAGAACCCCACUCCGGCCCCAGGCCCCGAAAUGCCGGCAGAGAUGCUAAACUAUAUUUUGGAUAAUGUUAUUCAGCCUCUGGUUGAGUCCAUAUGGUACAAGAAGCUGACGUUGUUCUCGGGAAGGGACAUUCCGGGGCCAGGGGAGGAGGCAUUUGAUCCCUGGCUGGAGCACACUAAUGAGGUCAUAGAGGAGUGGCAGGUGCCUGAUGUAGAAAAGAGGCGGCGGUUGAUGGAGAGCCUUAGAGGCCCUGCCGCUGAUGUCAUCCGCAUCCUCAAGACCAACAACCCUGCGAUUACCACCGCUGAAUGCCUGAAGGCGCUGGAGCAGGUGUUUGGGAGCGUCGAGAGCUCUAGGGAUGCGCAGGUGAGAUUUCUGAACACAUACCAGAACCCGGGAGAAAAAUUAUCUGCUUAUGUGAUUCGUCUGGAGCCUCUGCUGCAGAAGGUGGUUGAGAAGGGGGCCAUAGAUAAAGAUAACGUGAACCAGGCCCGCCUGGAGCAGGUCAUUGCCGGGGCCAAUCACAGCGGAGCCAUCCGAAGGCAGUUGUGGCUGACCGGGGCUGCUGAAGGGCCGGCGCCCAACCUCUUCCAGUUGCUGGUGCAGAUCCGCGAGGAGGAGGCCAAGGAAGAGGAGGAGGAGGCUGAGGCCGCCCUCCUGCAGUUAGGCCUGGAGGGGCACUUCUGAGUCCCAGGAAAAGGGGCGUUAGUUCAGACCUAGAUCACGGCUGCUUUCAUUGUCUCUGUGAUGUCUUACAGGUGUGUCUCCUGCUAGUAAAGACUAAGCGGUGUUUUUUGUUUUUGGGCGGGAGAGUCCGGCCUGGGUAUUCAUGUGUCAUUAGCACAAUCGUGCAGGGGAGCACCAGAUCUGCUGCAGCGCUCGUGGGUCAUGCUAGCUACAAUGCCAGGGAAAGGCUUGGACGUGAGUGCUCAUUGCAAGCUAUCAUCAUGGCACCAUCAUCGGUUGUGAAAAAUGUGGUCUCGUGACUCUUCCCAUCAAGGUAAUUAGAUAUGAAAUUGCAUGUUCAGAUGUAUAAUGAGUGCAGGGCCUGGAUACCAAAAGAACUGUUCAGUAAAAAAUGUCAACUGUUUACUCUUAA